CCCGGUCGAUGUUAUCAUUGCUUUGUCGUUAGUGAACGUUUUGGAGGCAGGGCUAUUUGAAGCUGUGACUCGCUGUUAGCUGCCAAGCUGCUAAGCUAACUGUAGCUAACAUCGGCGAUCCAGCAGAGAAAGAUGGGGUCCAUUCUCAGUCGCAGAAUCGCUGGUGUUGAGGAUAUCGAUAUCCAGGCCAACUCGGCCUAUCGAUUUCCACCGAAAUCUGGGAAUUAUUUUGCAAGCCACUUCUUUAUGGGAGGAGAGAAAUUUGACACACCGCAUCCAGAGGGAUACCUUUUUGGAGAAAACAUGGACCUGAAUUUUCUUGGAAAUAGGCCAGUGCAGUUUCCAUAUGUGACGCCUGCACCCCAUGAGCCUGUGAAGACCCUGAGGAGUCUGGUAAACAUUAGAAAGGACUCUCUGCGUUUGGUCAGGUAUAAAGAUGACUCUGACACACCGGUGGAGGAAGGUGGGAAGCCAAAGGUUCAGUACGGUGUGGAGUUCACCUUUGAUGCUGAUGCUCGAGUGGCCAUCACCCUCUACUGCCAAGCAUUUGAGGAGUUCUCCAAUGGGAUGGCAGUAUACAGCCCGAAGAAUCCAUCGCUCGUCUCUGAAACUGUGCAUUACAAGCGAGGUGUGAGCCAGCAGUUCUCCAUGCCAUCUUUCAAAAUAGAUUUCAGCGAGUGGAAAGAGGAAGAUCUGAACUUUGACCUCGACCGAGGAGUGUUUCCCAUGGUAAUCCAAGCUGUGGUCGAUGAAGGGGACGAUUGCCUCGGACAUGCUCACGUGCUUUUGGCAGCGUUUGAAAGACACGUUGAUGGCAGUUUUUCCGUCAAGCCUCUGAAGCAGAAACAAAUCGUGGACCGUGUGAGCUACCUCUUACAGGAGAUCUAUGGGAUUGAGAACAAAAACAACCAAGAAACCAAGCCAUCAGAUGAUGAGAACAGUGACAACAGCAAUGAGUGUGUUGUCUGUCUGUCUGACCUGCGAGACACACUCAUCCUGCCCUGCAGACAUCUGUGUCUCUGCAACUCCUGCGCAGACACUCUGCGUUACCAGGCCAACAAUUGUCCGAUCUGCAGGCUGCCCUUCAGAGCCUUGCUGCAGAUCAGAGCUGUGAGGAAAAAGCCUGGUGCUCUUUCUCCCGUGUCCUUCAGCCCUGUUCUGGCUCAGACCAUGGACCAUGAGGAGCACUCAAGCACAGACUCGGUUCCUCCCGGCUUUGAACCCAUCUCACUGUUAGAGGCUCUGAAUGGUCUGCGAUCAGUGUCUCCUGCCAUCCCAUCUGCCCCCCUCUAUGAUGAAAUCAACUUCUCAGGGGGUCUGGGAGGUGACAGCAGACAGCUGAGCUCUCCAGAGCAUCUGAGUGAUGGAAGUCUGCAGAAAGGCAAAGUCAGCAAGUCACCUGACAGCACCCUGAGGUCUCCAUCCUCCCCCAUCCAGGAGGAAGAUGAAGAGAAGCUGUCUGAGAUGUCUGAUGCUCAGCCACACACUCUGCUGUCCAGCAGUCCCGCCCCCACUGACGCCACAGCCACCGAGGAUGUGGCAGAAUCCCUGUCUCCAGAUGAUGAGGACAGGAUGCAUGCUGGAGGAGACAUCCUGCAGGACUGCAGCAGUGAACACAGCAGCUUGACCAAAACAGAGAGCGACCCACCAGGUGACUUGUCUCUGCCAGGGUCAUCAGAGUCAACAGAAAGCCUGAAAAGUCAGAGCACAAACUGCUCCAGCCAGCCUCUCUUGUGUCCCAUGAGCAGCCUUCAUAUGGAAGAUGAGCACCUCAACCCCUGACUCUCAUCCAGCCUUCUUCCCUCCCAUCCAUCACAAAAGAUUUAUGCAUUACAAAGAUCACCUUGUCCCCCUAAAUGAUUUUACCCCCCAGCCCAUUUUUUCCGUGUCAGUAAUCAGAGCUGACGAUGACCCAGAGAGAAAGGUUACUAGAACAAGGGAGGACUGUUUAUUCCGUCAGUGUCUCUGACAUAAGAAAAGAAAUUUGACUCCAGCAAAGAUGUUCAUGGUACCUUACUCUAUGGCUGAUGUUAAAAGACAUUGUUCCCCUGGCUUUGAAAACAUUUCAUUAAUUGUCAGAUGGUGUUCAGUUGUGUGUCUUGACCAGAGUUGUGGUCUAGUAAUGUGGAUUCCAGAGAUAAUGCACCACCUGUCAUGGUGGCUUUAAGCACACUUACUUUAAAUUAACUGCGUAUCAAUGGCUUAACCCUAAAUUCAAAAGAGUUUCUAAAUACAGUGUGUGUUUGGAUAUUGCAUUCAUCAUUGAGAUACAUUAAUGACUUAAGAACUUAUUUUUACAGGUUGAUUUGGGUUAUGAGCAGAAAUUUGAAGACAAAUAUGUAUCUGUGUGUCUAUUUGAAGUGAUUUUGCACUCCAACAAAAUCAUUUAUAAUCCAUUCCUUACAACAAGAGUUUAUCAGUUGAGUUUAAGUUGUCUGUAGUCUUAAACAUCUACAUGUGACUUUUUUUUAUAAUUUCAGAAGAUGUGAUAUAUCUAUGUAUCAUAACUUUACUAGAAUCCUGUGUAGUUACUUCAGAAAUUGUAUACUUGCAUAUUAAAUAGAGAAAAAAAAUCCUGAUAUUGAAAUAACAGAACUAGAUAAAGAUAACAUGCACAUUAUUUAAGACUUGGAUAAUCAAUAAGAGCUACAGAUUCACAUCCCUACAGCUAAACUCAAAGAUAGCUAAAGCCUGCAGCAAGCAUUGAUGCUCCAGCUACAUGUAUGCCGACUAUAGCACAGUAAGCGUGCUUGUCGUAGAUGUUGCAGAUCUCUGUACAGUCUUUUUGUGGAAAAUCCGGUGUCUGCUUAUGUGAUGUAGCUGCAAAAAACGGGGGCCAGUGAUAUUGUGGCUGCAGCACUUUUUAAAAACUUGGUCCUUAUGUGUAGCGCCAUGCAUAUAGAUUUAUGUGCCUUGAAUUGAUAUGGCUGCCUGCUUGUUGCAUUGGACAUUAGUGUUCUUAUAAAUGCUACAAUAUACAACCGUUUUCAGCCCAUAGGCAGGAUUUUUGAUGCUGAUGUACAGAGCCUUAUUUUCUAUCGCAAUCUUCAUGUUAUUGGAAAAAUGUAUCUUGUUAUUGCAAUAUGAAAUCAGUGUUCAUUUACUAUGUUAUGGCCAUGUAUCAAUUAUGCAUUUAAUCUUAGUGUUAAGUUCAAGCUGAUUCUCUCACUGUAAGUUUGAUUGGAAGGACCAUAUCCAAUGCAAUAAGUGCAAACAUUGCAUUUUAAUAAUUGGGCUAUCAUUUGCAUGUGAAUUUGUAGAGGCUUAAACCUCUUACUGCUCUUAAAUAACGGUUAUUUUGUCUUUCUCCCCUCCUCUUCUGUGCCGUUUCAACUUGACACUGUGCCUUCCUGUUCCUGUUCUGACCACUAUUGACCUGGUAUCCAGGAUAACUCCACAGUAGGUGGUUUGUGGCUCUCUGUAAAAUCAAUACCUGUCUCUCCUCGUGUGUAUAGCAGCAUGUGUAUAACAAUAAAGAACAAAGAUUCAGAACUUAAACUCAAA